UUAUUCAAUUUGGAUUUGUUACAUUAUUUGUGGCGUCUUUUCCUUUGGCUCCUCUUCUUGCUCUCAUAAAUAAUAUUGUAGAGAUUCGAGUGGAUGCCUGGAAACUUACCACUCAAUACAGGAGAACUGUAGCUUCUAAAGCUCAUAGCAUAGGUGUUUGGCAAGACAUUCUUUAUGGAAUGGCUGUCCUUUCUGUUGCAACUAAUGCCUUUAUUGUUGCAUUUACGUCGGACAUCAUUCCCCGUCUAGUUUACUACUAUGCUUACUCAACAAAUGCCACGCAGCCUAUGAAAGGAUAUGUGAAUAAUAGCCUGUCAGUAUUCCUGAUAGCUGAUUUUCCAAACCACACUGCACCUUCGGAAAAACGAGACUUCAUCACUUGCAGGUACAGAGAUUACAGAUAUCCUCCUGAUGAUGAGAAUAAAUAUUUUCAUAAUAUGCAAUUCUGGCAUGUCCUUGCUGCCAAGAUGACCUUCAUCAUUGUUAUGGAACAUGUUGUGUUUUUAGUUAAAUUUUUGCUGGCCUGGAUGAUACCUGAUGUUCCAAAAGAUGUUGUGGAGAGAAUCAAGCGAGAAAAGUUAAUGACUAUCAAGAUUCUCCAUGAUUUUGAGCUCAACAAAUUAAAAGAGAACUUGGGAAUUAAUUCUAAUGAAUUUGCCAAGCAUGUCAUGAUUGAGGAAAACAAAGCACAGCUGGCUAAAUCAACAAUCUAAUCAGCAUGAGGAAGCAGCAGGUGGUCUGCCUUACUUCACUUUUUCCUCUGGGUUUAGGGCCAGAGGUCAGAAGCCAUGUGUCAAUUUAACCCCCUCCUUUUUUUUUUAACUCAAAGUUUUUAUACACUUUUAUAGAGGCCAACUU